GAAUUUUAAAUUUUGGCGGGAAUUUUUUUUCGUUGAAAAUCAUGGCAUUCAAAUCUAUUGUGUGUUCAUUAUCAUCAUCAUCAUCACGAUUAUCAUUUGAAUUUUUAUUAAUUUUAAUAAUUUUUAUUGUGAAUUUUAUUCGAGCUCAAGAUAUUGAUCGUGAAAAUAGAUGUUCGAAUGAAGGUUUUUUUCGUGAUCCAAAUGAUUGUGUAAAAUUUUAUCGUUGUACACGUGAUGAAGGUGCAGAUUUUUUUCGUGUCUAUGAAUUUGCUUGUGGUCCGGGUACAGUAUUUGAUCCAACAAUAAGUGUUUGUAAUCAUCCAAGUUCAUCACCACCAUGUGACAAUAAUCAACAACAACAACAACAACUGCCCGAUUAUAAUGCUGCCAAUCAACAACAACAGCCACAACAACAACAAAAUGAUCAGUAUUCAUCACAGCCACAACAACAACAACAACAGCCAUCACAAAAUAAUUAUUAUGAACAACCAAGUAUUAUUCCUGCCCCAUAUCCACAACCAUCAUCUGAACAGCAAUUGCCAAAUAAUGCUGGCUAUCCUGUAUCAAUACAACAACAACAACAACAACCUGGAUCGUCAAAUACAAAUCAAGAUGAAUGGACAUCUGCUAAUAGACAGCCGCCAAAUCAAUCUCCAACCAAUCAAUAUCCAGAUCAUCGUGAUUAUCUACCCGAACAAUUCGGUGAUCCACCAAGUCAACAGCCACAACAAGAGCCAGAAUCUCCACCACAAGAAGAACAACAACAGCCAGAAUCCCCACCACAAUCAUCAGAACAAGAACCAGAAUCUCCACCACAAGAACAACAACAGCAACCUGAAUCUCAACCAUCACAGCAACAGCCAGAGUCCCCACCACAAGAACAACAGCAACCAGAAUCCAAUGUUGAACAACAAUUGACCAAUAUGGAUGAAGAUGAAAUCGCACCAGAAGAUGAAGAUUGUAAUUGUAAACCAGUAUCAUCCAUAUUCCAAUGUAAACAGGAAGGAAAAUUUGCUGAUCAAAAAAAUUGUAAAAAUUUCUACCGAUGUACCAAUGAUAAUAGUGGUGGAUUCAUUGCCGAUCAAUUCGAAUGUGAUAUGGGCAAUGCAUUUGAUGAAAGUAUAGGAAAAUGUGUUCCUGAAUCACAAUCCAAAUGCAAAUCAGAUGCUGGUAAACCAUCACCAAAUGGAACAAAAUCCAAAUCAAAAACAUCACCCGAAAAAGAAAACAUUGCUGAAGAACCUGAACCGGUAGAAAAAUCACCUGAUGAACAAAUGUCAACUACGGCAGCGCCAACAGAUGAAACUGAAACAACUCCAGCAAGUGAUGAUGAUGAAACUAAACCAACAGAAGAUUCCACAAGUGAAGCAACAACUAGUGAACCCAGUACAGAUUCGACUGAAUCAAUGACUGAACCUACAACUGAAUCAUCAUCAUCAACAACAACAACCGAAUCAAGUGAAGAAACAACCGAAUCUACAACAAAAGAACCAUCAACAGAAUCGACUACAGAAUCUGCAGAUGAUAAAACUGAAUCAACAACUCCCACCAAUGAGGAAUCGACAACGCCACAACCAUCAACUGAUAACACAGAGGCAACCACUAAACCAAGUGAUGAAACUGAAGCCACAACAGAACCUUCGAGCGAUAAAACUGAAUCAACAACUCCCACCAAUGAAGAAUCGACAACACCGCAACCAUCAACUGAUGGUACAGAGGCCACAACCAAACCAAGUGAUGAAACUGAGGCCACCACAGAACCUUCUAGCGAUAAAACUGAAUCAACUGAUUCAAAUGAAACAGAAGGUACUACAACACCAUCUUCAGAUGAAAAAUCAACAGAAUCUACAACCAUGGAACCUGAUGCUGAACUACAAUCAACACCAGAAUCAGUGGAAAAGACAUCCGAUUUAAUGGAUGAACAAAAACCUGAACAAUCACCGGAAGAAGAGAAUGAAACAAAACCUGACGAUCAAAUGGAACAGACACCAGAAUCCGAAGAAGGUCCACAACAAGAACAACAAAAACCAGAAGAAAUACCCGAAUCUGAAGAGGCUCCUGUUGAACAACAAUCACAAGAUAUUCCAGCUAAUGAACAAAUAGAACCAAGAGCUCAAGAACCGGGAACCAAAACGCCAUCCUCAGAACAGCCUAUCGAACAAGAAUCAGAAACCAAUUAUCCAAAUGAGCCACAAUAUCCACAAACAAAUAAUGAUCCAUCGUAUAUGGAUCGUGUUCAACAACAACAACCAAUUGAACAAUCCAUAGCUGAUGAAAAUAUUGAUCUUCAGCCUGUUCAACAACAACAAAAGCCCUUACCACAAGAAAAUGAAAAUUUCAAUGAAAAUGAUCCAUAUAGUAAUAGUGGUGGUGAUGCAGCCAAUCAAUUCUAUCCACAGCCAUCAUCUGGUGAUGGAAUUCAAUGUACGAAAAAUGGAUUUUUCCGUCAUCCAAAUGAUUGUGCGGCAUUUUAUCGAUGUCAUGAAGGUCGACGAUUCGAUUUCCGUUGCGGACCAGGUACCUAUUUCGAUGAACGCUAUAGUGUAUGUAAUUGGCCUGAUCAAGCCUAUCCACCUUGUCCAAGUGGUGGUCAAGAAUCGAAUGUACCAUCCAAUGAUCAAGAUCAAUCACAACAAUUAGGUCAAUUUCCUUCAGAUAAUCCAUCACCACAAUAUCCAUCACAAGAACCAGUAAUUCAACAACAAAAAGAAGAACAACCAUCACAAAAUGAAUUUCCAAUUCAAGAUAAUUAUGGUCAACCAUUAUCACAAAAUCCAAAUCAAAUUGAACCGAUUGAACAGCAGAAACAAGAAAUACCUAAUGAUUAUCCACCGCCUUCAUCACCAAAUGAUAAUCAACAACCACCUGUGCCAUAUCAACCAAUGAUGCAGCCACCUACCAAAAAUUCAUAUCCACAGGAACAAGAAUCUCAACCAUUAUCUCCGCAACCACCAAAUGAUAAUCAGCAGCCGCCUACCAAAAAUUCAUAUCCACAAGGACAAGAAUCUCAAUCAUUAUCACCACCACCUCCGCCUAAAUCGAUAAAAAGUCCUCCUUCAGUUAAAAAUCCAGUAAAAAGUCCACCGCAAUCUCAAGCCCUUGCUCCUGUAAAAAGUCCCAAAAAAUCGGCACCGUUAAAAGCACCACCACCCAAAGCUCAGGCUAAAUUACCUACAAAAUCUCCAAAGAAAUCACCGCCAAAGUCGAAUAAUAGAAAUCCGAGACCAAAAUCUCAACCACCAAAAAAAUCACCGGUAAAAUCUGCUCCUUUAAAACAAAAACCAAAGCCAAAACCAAAACCAGCUGCUAAACCGAAAACUCCACCACAAAAAUCACCAGCCAAAUCUGCGCCUAUUAAGCAAUCACCAAAACCAAAAUCACCAGCUAAAAGUCCACCAAAAAAUAGUCCAUUAAAACAGAAUCCAAAGAAAAAUCCACCAUCUUCAAAGCCAAAAUCUUCGGCAUCAUCAGCAAAACCAAAACCAAAGCCUAAAACAACACAAAAACCGAAAUCACCAAUUUCACCUGCCAAAAAAGCCCGUUUACAGAAUGAUAAACCAAAUUCUGAAACGAUGAUAUCACAGCAACGUAAACGACAAGUUACACCUGCUCGUGUUUCACCAUUCAAGCCAAAUGUAAAGCCAAAAUCCAAUCAAUUACGACGACAACCAAAACAAAUAUAUGAUAAUCAACCAUCAACAUUUCAAUGUUUAACUGCAAAUGGAUUUUUCCCUGAUCCAAAUGAUUGUUCAAUGUUUUAUCGAUGUGCCGAUUAUCGACGAUUCCAUUUUGCCUGUCCACAAGGUUUAUUUUAUGAUGCAUCAUUAGAAAGCUGUAAUUGGCCGAAUAAAAUUCAACCACCAUGCCGUAAACGAUAAUUUACAAUCAUUUACAAUAACCACUAUUUUUUUAACAGAUUGAACAGAUUAAUUGAUUGUAAUUU